UAAAUAUCACAGCUGACAACGAACCGCCUCAGAGUCUCAGCCACAUGAUGACAGGCUCUGAAGCACGGGGGAGUUGAGGGGAAAGUCAGACCACGUCCACGAUGAAGUCAGAGGAACAAGAGCUGGCAGCCCAGUUGAACUUAAUCACCAGACUUGGACUGGAGGAAUUCUAUCCCAACAAGCUCACUCUGCGGUCUCUCUUUGAGAUCAACCAGAACAGCGUAGAUGAAAAAGCCGCUCUAUCAGUGGAGGAAAUACCAUGGUGUUUUCUCAGAAAACUGUUUAAAAUCAAUGCCGAAUCCAGGAGCUGUACACAAGUGUCAAUCAGGCAAGAGGAAGACAAUGAUCCCCUUGAACUAGACCUUUACACUGCAGAUGAUUCUGAAGACAAGUUCAACCCUCUGGAUGUCAUUGUAGCUGUCUUCCUUUGUGCUGACAGCCUCUUGCAGCAGGAACUGGCCCUCAAGAUGUCAAUGUGCCAGUUUUCUCUCCCCCUGCUGUUGCCCCACGGCCAUAAGAGUCAGUGUACCCUGAUGCUGUGGGCUCUGAGAGACAUCGUCAAAGAGUGGCGUCCACAGGAUUUGUCUGAAUCAAGAGGGUUUGUUGAAGACAACAUUAUCCAAGCAAAUAUACCUUUCUAUUCCUUUGUGAGGCUGAAGAACUGUAGUUUAUCAAAGUCCCAGUUUAUGAAUCAUAUUCUCAGCAGUGGGCAACAGAACUGCAAUAUCUUCAUACAUAGGGAUGUGGAAGGAGGAGCAGUCAAAAGAGAAAUCGCAAAUGGGUUGGUUGAAGUUUGCUGGUACCUUCCGUCUGGCGGAGAAAAUCUUGACAUAUUUCCUGAGUCAACUGCCUUCGCAAAUCUGCGAGGGGACAUUUGCGAGUCACUCACACAAUUCAACUUUCUUUUUCAAGUGUCAACUGCCACCUUUGUGUUCCUGGACAGCGUUGAUGAAAAUGAGCACAGAAUUCUGACAACUCUUCAAGAUGUGAAAUCCAAACUCGUGUUAGUUGUAAAUCACAAGGGAGGGAAUGCAAGAGAGGAUAUUAUGUCUGUCAAGGCCUUAGUAAAUGAAUUACAUUUACCAAACAACAGAGUGAAGAUCAAAGACCAGAGGCUUAAUGUUGCAGAGUUCUCAAAGAAACUUUGUGAAGUCAUCAAGACAUCCCUGGUAGAUGUGAAAACCACGAUGAGCAUUGUAAAUAUGCACGACAAAGCUGUUGAACUUGGCCUCUCUGUGGAUGAAAGCAAAACUGAGGAACAAAAGAAAGCAGCUGAGGAGAUCAUGGACGGCAUUGGGGUGCGAAGUAUACCUCACUACAAGAAACAACAACUUCCAUUACAAGGAGCUAACUGGAAGAGGUUGUCACAGUUGGAAAAAGAAGAGUGUAGACUGAAGAAAUGUGGUGAUUCAGGCCUUGAAGACUAUAAAUCUCAACUGCAGGAAGAAAAACUACAAAUCAGAAAGGAGCAAACUAAAUUCAAAGUCUCCAAAGGAAUGAAGAGUUUCAUUGAAUACUUAUCUACAAGUGACAAAGAAAAAAGAGAUGUUUUUCUUAAGUGGAUGAAACUGAAGUUUAAUACACAUUCCAGGAACAAACUGUCUGUGUUACGUAACAGAUUCAGAGAGCAAUGCAAGACGAAAGACGUAAAACUCAUAGCAGAGUUGGAUCAAGCUUUGGUGGACAGCUCUUUAGGAACAGAGCAUUACAUGCGAGAGAUGGGGCUGAUUUAUGAGUUCUCUGUUAUCAGCUCCACAAAAACUGCUGAUGAAAUAUCUCACCUCCCUGGUUUGGCUGCUGAGAUGCUGUUGGAUGGAUAUCCUCUAGAGCUCUUGGAUGGAGAUGCUUCCAAUGUCCCAGAGAGGUGGGUGACAGAUGUACUGAUGGAGCUUCACAAGAAGGUCGGACAGAAGAGCAGACUGUUGGUUCUGACGGUGUUGGGUGUCCAGAGUACCGGGAAGUCGACACUCCUCAACACCAUGUUCGGUGUGCAGUUUCCUGUCAGCAGUGGCAGAUGCACAAGAGGAGCUUUCAUGCUCUUUCUCAAAGUUGGAGAGGAUUUGCAAAGUGAGUUAAAUUGUGAUUUUAUUGUCCUCAUAGACACAGAAGGUCUUAAGUCUCCUGAUCUGGCAAAACUAGAGGACAGUUAUGAGCAUGACAACCAGCUAGCAACAUUUGUCAUUGGCUUGAGUGAUGUCACCAUUAUCAACAUCGCAAUGGAAAACGCAGCAGAGAUGCAAGAUAUCCUGCAAAUAGCAGUACACGCAUUCUUGAGGAUGAAAGAAAUUGGGAAAAAGCCAAUUUGUCAUUUUGUUCACCAGAAUGUUUCUUCAGUUUCAGCUCAUGCCAAGACCAUGACUGAAAGAAAACACCUCUUGGACCAACUCAAUGAAAUGACUGAAAUUGCAGGUGAAAUGGAAAAGCAACCCUCCAAAAAAGCAUUCACGGAUGUGCUGGACUAUGACAUGGAAAGGAACAACUGGAACAUCCCAGGACUCUGGCAUGGAACACCACCAAUGGCACCAGUGAACACGGGUUACAGUGAAGCUGUAGCACAUUUCAAGAAAAACCUUUUACAAACAUUGAAGAGUGACAGAUGCAAUGAAAUCUCACAGAUCCCACAGUUUCUGGAAUGGAUGAGAAGUCUCUGGAGAGCAGUGAAAUAUGAGAACUUCAUAUUUAGUUUCAGAAACACACUUGUGGCUCAUGCCUACGACAACUUGUGCAAAGAGUUCAGUCAAUGGGAAUGGGAGUUCAAAAAAGAGAUUCUGACCUGGCAAACCACAGCGGAGUUAGAAAUCUUGAACACCGAUAAUGAAUCUGAGGUAGAAACUUGGAACAGAUUAGUCGGAAUAAAAAAAUCUGAGGUGUCACAGAAAAUAACAGACCAACAAACAGCAAUGAGGGGGAAACUCGGCGACUACUACAAAAUGAAAGGCAAACGAGUAAAUCUGAUAGAGAAAUACAAAGUUGACUUUUUCAACAGCAUCAACGGGCUUGCAAAUGAAAUUAGACAUUCUGUGUGUGCAAAACUGGAUUGCCUCCUUGAACUAAAGAUUAGUUCAAAAAAGGCUCAGGACAUUCUGAGAGAAUACCGAGGUGUGAUCGAGGAGCGGGUCAUGAAGCUACUGGGUGACUGCAACAAGUCAACGUUGACGGAUCAAGAGCUGACGCAUGAGUUUGAAAAGAUGUGGGCUGAAGCCACUGUAAAUGUGUCUGGCAUGAAAGAGAGAGAUAUUGCAGCAUGUGUCCUGAAUCAGUUGAGAAGAAAUUUCUCAAAUCUGAAAGUUAAUGAGGAAUUGCAGAACAUUCGAGACCUAAAAGAAAUUGGAAGAGCUCCAUUUAAAACAAGAAGUGAUCAUCUAGACUCCUUUGUAGGGAAGACACAAAAUUCCUGGAAAAGACAAUUGCAGAACUUUGCAGAAAGUGUCAUUGAGUCUUGUAUACUGUUUGUACUUGACAAAGUACGGACAAACGGAGAUUACCAAGACUCUUUCGCAAAGGAACUUCUAGAAAAGAUUGAUAAAUCCCUUGAACAAGGUAGCAACCAUCACAAAACAACUCCAAAGUUUGAGAUUGACCUGAAACUUCACAUUUGUGGCAUUGCCUCCAGGGAGUUUGUCAAAAUGCACAGAAGAUUCUUGUCGGAUAACAAUCCUCACACUCACCUGGAGAAGUACAAGACUCAGUACCUGUCAGAUUUUCUUGAUUUAUACACAAACAGAGAUCACUGCCAACGCAAAGCAAAUGAUUUUGUCCAGUCUUGUAUCAAACCUGCUGUGGAACAGUUCAUCAGUAGAUCUUUGGGAGUAGACAUUGUGGAGGACAUUUUGACAAGUUGCCAUUCAGCAGAGUAUGGAUCUCGCAAAACCUUCCAGUACAACAUUCAAAAAGAGUUGCUGCUAAGGGAAGACUUCCAAAGCUUUGUAAGGUACAUUGGUAAUUAUGAAAUAUAUGUUAAGGAUUGGAUAUUUCAGCACAUCCUACAAACGAUGUCAGAGGACAAGACUUUGUGCAAACUUAAGAACAAAAAUCUACAAGUCAUCGUCAAAAAACUCUCAGAAGCAAUAGAACGUGCAUCAAAAGGAGAUGAUGGUGUUCUGCUGCCAGACAACAAGGAAAGCGUCAAAAAGCUAAUCAACAACAUGCGCAAGCAUUUGAUCAAAGACAUCUCAAUUUCUGUGGAGGAUGAAAAAACCACCUUGUUUCAAAUCCAAAGCACAUGUCAUCCGUUCAUCAACUGCCUCAAGAUGUCAAUAAAGGACUUGAAGGAACAACUUGAGGAGGAAUUCUCAAACUCUGACGACAUCACUGAAACACUGAACAAGCUUCCAAUCAAACCACAGGAUGAGCUUUUCAAGAGGGUGUUUGGUUGUGGACAGCAAUGUCCAUUCUGUAAAGUUCCCUGUGAGGCCGGAGGCUCAGAACACAAGCAGCAUCACGCAUCCAUUCAUCGGCCACAAGGUCUUGGCAACUUUAAGUCUACAAAGAGUAAUGAGCUGAUUCAGUUACUGUGUACGAGUUAUGAACUCAGUGAAUCUCAAUUCAGAAACAUAGACACUAAAUGGGAGUGGCAUGCAUACAAGGACUAUACCGAGUACUAUCCAGACUGGCUGAUUCCUCCCGACCCCACCAUAGAGGCAUCUGACUACUGGAAGUAUGUCCUGGUACAAUACAACGACAGAUUUGCGGAGGAAUUUGAAGCCAAACCAGCUAAAAUCCCAGAGGUCUGGAAGAGACUCACAAAGGAACAAGCACUGAGAGGUUUGAGAGACGCCUUCAACAUGAAGUGUACAACGGGCAAUCUGGACAAGUAUCUUGAAACAAAACUAUAUGAAAAAGAGGAAGAAUUUGUUAUGUGAAAAUAGGGUGGCUGUGGCUCAGAAGAUAGAGCGACUUGUCCACUAACCAGAAGGCUGAUUGUUCGAUUCCCAGCUCUUCAAUUCCACGUGCCAAUGUUUCCUUAGGCAAGACACUUUGCGCUUAAAAAGUGCUGUAUAUAGAAGCACUGUAUGAAUUUGGGUGAAUGUUACUUGUACAGAAAAGUGCCAUAUCGAUACCGAUCACUUACUAAUCUAAAGAAGAGGCCGUCACAUUAAAGACGGAUCAAAGCAAUUAAAAAUAUUAUAAUUCACUUGGUUGAAGCAUUAUCUUGACUUAAAACAUGAGAAACAUGAAGCCAAACCAGCCGAUGUUCCAGAGGCCUGGAGGAGUCUCACAAUGGAACAAGCAGUGAAAGGUUUGAGAGACGCCUUCAACAUGAAGUGUACAACAUACAACCCUUACAAUUAUCUCUAAAGAAAACAUUUAAAUAUACAUACAAUUUCUAACAUACCUGAAAUUUUCAUUCACAAAUGUAAACUUCGGAGGAAGCCAUAAGAGAAGGGUCAGAUCUAGCUUAGAAAAUGAAGUCCUGAACCAAUUUCAGUGUGAUGACUAACGAAUUAAAUAUUUUUGAAUCAGUGUAUGAAAUAUUCUUAGUACUUUAGUUUAGUAGAUACUUUAUUUAUCCCAAGAGAAUUCAUUAACUUUUGUUUUUUGCGGUUUGAAUUCAAGAAACAGCUACUAAUAGUGAAACCUGUGGCCUCUUUUGGUAUGGUGAACAUGACAAAAAGUGAUUUGAAACGCUAGAGAUUGUUACAGCUUAUGUUUUGAGGAUUAUAAAUGUUUUCUUUCUGCCAUCUGAUGUGAUGGUGUUUUUAUAAUAUCCAUAUAACCAUUUACAUUUUAAGAACUGUAUUUUUUAUUUAACUUGUAAGUGUAACUUGUCAAAUAUUUAGUUUUUUGAUGAUUGCAAAGGUUUUACCAUUAGCAGCUCUGUACAUAUGACAAGAAUUAAAGAAAAAAAUGCUGAGGCUGUAAAUGAUGAUGUUAAAGUGCACAGGUCAUGUUAAACAGAUCAAUCUUUUGUUACUUUUAUUCCUAAUUAAUAAGUCCAAAGCACUUUUAUCUUGUAAUGUGUAUAAGAAAUGUAUAUGUUGAUGUAACCAAUGAUCAUGACCCAUGUUUAAAUACAGUAGGGAACUUUGUGGCAUCUGACUGGCACCUGAUUUUGUUCAGACAGGUGACACGUUGAAAAGAUGAAGUUGAAAAGCUGGAAAUUGUCAUAUUUAUUAAGAUUUUCUGUGUUUGACUUAUUGUGAAUUGUUUUUUAAAAAAAAAUCUCAAGUGGUUCAGCUUAGUUGCUUGCACAAUGCCUUGUGGUGUUAAUGAUGAUAUAUAAACAGAUGUCAUGUGAAAAAAUGUAUUCCAAUAAAUAUUUUAAAAAAAUAAACAUUGAAGUAGCUAUAA